CAGUUCUUGGUCACUGAGACACAUGUCUCCGAUCAUACUCUGUGAGAUCUUCCUCUCUGGGUUUAUGCUAAACUCCACAAUCAGGCGCAGGACCCACCUCGUUCAAUCUUUCUCUGUUGUCUUCCUUUACUGGCUUUACUACGUCUCUUAGUUUCUCAUAAUAACUAAUCUUCAGCUUUAUUCUUCCAUUAUAUAUUAUAUUACUCGUAAUCAAAACCCUAGUUUUUAAAGUCUUUCUUUUGUUUCUUGUUCAUUACGUCAUCGAUCUGGGUCCUGUCCUGCUUCAUCUCUGUUCCCGUAAAGAAGAAGGGUUUUUUCGUUUGUUUGCUUGUUUGUUUGUUUGUUUGUUUGUUUGUGUGUUUACCAAAUGGAUCCGUCGUCGUCGGGAUCGGACGAGAGUCUCAUGGAGCAGAGGAAGAGGAAGAGGAUGCUCUCGAACCGUGAAUCAGCGAGGAGAUCGAGGAUGAAGAAACAGAAGCUCCUCGACGAUCUAACGGCUCAGGUUAACCAGCUUAAAGAACAGAACAACGAGAUCUUGACAAGUGUCAGCAUCACGACGCAGCACUACUUAGCCGUCGAGGCAGAGAACUCUGUUCUCAAAGCUCAGCUUGAUGAACUCAGCCACAGGCUCGAAUCUCUCAACGGCAUCAUCGAGUUCCUCCAGAGCACCAACGGGAUUCGUCCGAACCCCCUGACUGGUCCAGAGCCUGAUGAUUUUCUCGUGAACCAGAUGAAUAUGAACAUGUUUUGUAUGAACCAGCCUCUCAUGGCAUCUUCGGAUGCGUUACUGUAUUAGAAAUGUGGUCCAGAAAACCUCGAAAUUACAAAUGGGGCCGUUUCUUUUGUCUGAUUUUAAUAUAUGUCCAAAGUGAGAUAUGAAAAAAAAUCUAUUAGUGGGGUUACGUUG